AUGGAGAUAAAGGAAGCAAGUAAGACUCAAAGAGAAAGACGAGGAGCAUCGUCACUAAAGCAGAUGCUGAUGAAGAGAUGUUCAAGCUUCGUGAAGAAGAGCAACGAAGAAGACGUGCCCAAGAAGGGCUAUUUCGCUGUCUACGUGGGCCACUUCAGAGACCGCCACGUCAUCCCAAUCACAUCCCUCAACCAUCCAACCUUCAAGAUGAUGCUGCAAAAAUCGGAGGAAGAGUUUGGGUUUAGGCAAGAGAGCGGCCUCACCAUUCCUUGUGACCAAAACACCUUUCUCACUCUCUUAGACUCAAUCACAUCUUACUAGCUAGGAUCGUAGUUAUAUUUUUGAGGCUUCCUCACAUGAUGAUAAGAGGAAUAUAUGUACAACUUUUGUUUUUCAUGGCCUUUCUUCAAUUGUGUUCCACGUUUCUUCACAUGCA